AUGGUUGUCCAGCUCAAGAAUGUUCUUAUUAGUGACGAAGUCGAUCCAAAAUGUGUGCAGAUUCUUCAGAGCAAUGGAAUAGAGGUGGUGCAGAAUGUGACUUUGAGCAAAGAGCAGCUGAUUGCAGAGAUUCCUAAAUAUGAUGGGUUGAUUGUAAGAUCAGCAACUCGAGUUACAGCUGAUGUGAUCAAUGCUGGAGUUAAUCUCAAAAUUAUUGGUCGUGCUGGAACUGGAGUUGACAACAUCGAUGCUGAUGCUGCCACCAGGAGAGGGAUCAUUGUGAUGAACACACCAGGAGGUAAUACCCUAAGUGCUGCUGAACACACAUGCACACUGUUGAUUGCACUCACAAGAAACCUUGGUGCAGCAUCUCUGUCUAUGAAGGAGGGUAAAUGGGAUCGUAAAAAAUUUAUGGGAACUGAGCUGUUUGGCAAGACAUUAGCUAUUAUUGGACUUGGACGAAUUGGUAAAGAAGUUGCUCUUCGCAUGCAGUCAUUUGGAAUGACAACAAUUGGAUUUGAUCCGCUUGUCAGCCCAGCAGAGAGUGCCACAUUCAACACUGAAUGGCUUUCCCUAGAGGAGAUUUGGCCAAGAGCUGAUUACAUCACUCUGCAUACACCUUUGAUUCCUCAGACAAAAAAUCUCAUUAACGAUGAUGUAUUUGCCAAGUGCAAGAAAGGGAUUCGGAUAGUAAAUUGCGCACGUGGGGGCAUCAUUGAUGAAGAUGCCUUGUUGAGGGCUCUUGAAUCUGGCCAGUGUGCUGCAGCUGGGCUAGAUGUGUUCCUAGAGGAACCCCCCAAAGAUUACACACUAGUCAAACACCCCAAUGUCAUUGCCACACCUCACCUAGGGGCCAGCACGAUUGAAGCACAGAGCAGAGUUGCUGAGGAAAUAGCUCAGCAGUUUGUGGAUUUGGUGCAGGGCAAGUGUUUGUUUGGUGCGAUAAAUGCCUCAGCUUUAACCAAUGCCCUGAGUGCUAGCUCUCAGCCCUGGGUUCAGCUAGGAGAACAGCUGGGUAGGAUCGCUAGUCUGCUGACUAAGGACUUUGCUCUUAAAAAUGUAGACAUAGAACUGUUUGGAGAGUCACUGAAAAAUGGAGGUUCCUACUUCAUUGCCUCUGUUAUGGUUGGAUAUUUGAGUUUAACCCCUUUGGGAGGUGGUGAUGCAGCAUCCAGCAAAUUGAACCUAAUCAAUGCUCCAGUGUUUGCAAAACAGUCUGGCAUUACUACAAAAGCUACAUGGAAAAAUGAGCUACCCGCUGAACAUGUGAAAGUUAACUUCCAGGGAGCUGGAGGGGAGGCAUUUGAACUGCAGGGUACAGUGGCUGGAAAGAAUAACCUGCUGCUGUCAGUUCAGGGACAUGCUUUCAAGAUCCCAGCAACUUUGAAUGGCAAUAUUGUUGUCUACAGAGCUCAGAAAGCUGUGUCAGUGGCAGAUGUCUUGACUGCUGCUGCUAAAGAUGGAGUUGAGGUUGUGGCUGUUUCUGCAUCAGAAGUGAAGAACUCUCAAGGUUUUGGCAUCAUAAACCUAGCAUCUCCAGCAACUGGCAAGUUGGACAACCUCAGCACAGUUGUAGAUGCACAUGCUAAUACAUUGUAG